AUGUGUCCAUCAGUUCAACGAUUGCAGUUGCAUCUUCCCAAACAAAAUAGUGUCAUGUUAUACGAGCAUCAAACAGUCGAUGAGGUCUUGGAAAAUGAAAGGAAUUCUAAAACGAUGUUGACUGAGUAUUUUGUUACAAAUGCAAGUGAUCAUAUGGAUAGGCGAUGGUUGUAUCGAGAGUUUCCAGAACACUACAAAUGGGAUAAAGCAAUUAUGAAAUUGCAGAGAAGAAGAACAAAACAGAGGGUCAGUGGUAUGGUAUAUUCUGUACCCCCUAUUGCAGCUGAAAGGUUUUUUCUGAGGCUCAUACUUAUGCAUGUUAGGGGUGCUACUUCAUAUGAAAAUUUGUUGACAGUUGAAGGCAGAAUAUGUCAGACAUUUAAAAAUGCAGUCGAGGCACGAGGAUUGUUGGAAAAUGAUAACAGUUUGAGGGCAUGUAUGGCCGAAGCAGCAACAAACAAAAUGCCAUCUGCUAUGAGAACUCUUUCUGGUAGCAUAUUGGUUUUUUGCAACAUAGUGGACACCAGAAAGCUCUGGGACGAGUUCUUCAACGUCAUGGUUGAAUAUUAUGCAAGUUCAAGUGAUACAAGCUCCGCAUACUUAUCAUACCGUCUUCUUAGAGAGCUGAAUCAUAUGCUUCAUCAACAUGGCAAGCGCCUAAAAGAUUAUGAUCUUCCAGCAACUGUCGGCAUAUUAGACGACAAUUUACAGGUGUCUGAUUUGAUCGAAGAGGAGGUAUCCAUUCUGGUUUCCGAAUAA